AAUAUCAAUCUCUAAUAAGGGGGAUGACCAACUUUUGUACUAGUUCUUAAUUUCGUGUAUUUGAAGAUGACAAUUUGGAUGGCAGAGGAAAACUUUGUUAGUUGAGCUAAAAACGAGGUGCAGAACUUUUUUCCAUUAAUUUUCAAUAAUUCAUACAUAUAUGAAGAUGCAUUUCAACCAUGGGAUAUAACGCCGAUUUGACGGAGAAAAAUAAAUAAAAUUAAAAUGUUUCACCCAUUUUCAUUUCGUUGUUCCAACCAUGCUUCUCCGACGCCGUUUCGUUCCCUAUUCCUUCUCAAUACUACGUCGUUUCAUCUCGCCGGUCAAUCUCUCACUUUUCCAUUUUCCCGCCGGCAGUUAAAUCCACCGGCACUCCGGUCAGUUCCCCCAGUGAGAGCUGUUGCCUCCUCCUCUUCACCACUCUUCGAUAUCAGCGGAGGCAAAGGCAUGAGUGGGUUCUUCGAUGUCGAACUAAAAGUUCGUGAUUAUGAGUUGGAUCAGUUUGGUGUGGUCAACAAUUCAGUUUAUGCUGGUUAUUGUCAACAUGGUCGUCAUGAAUUCUUGGAAAGCAUUGGUAUUAAUUGUGAUACUGUAGCUCGAAGUGGUGAAGCAUUGGCCUUGUCAGAACUAUCCUUCAAAUACCUUGCACCUCUAAGAAGUGGAGACAAAUUUGUCGUAAAGGUUAAGAUUUCUGGCUCCUCAGCUGCUCGUAUACACUUUGAUCACUUCAUCUAUAAACUACCAAACCUAGAGCCUAUUUUGGAAGCUAGGGCCACAGCAGUGUGGCUUGACAAAAACUAUCGUCCUAUUCGAAUUCCGGCAGAUAUUAGGUCUAAAUUUGUUAAACUUAUUCGUAGUGAGGACUCAUAAAUCAUGCAUCUUUCGGAGCAACUAUUAUUGAUAGAUCAUUGAGAAAGUAAGCUAUUUUUGUACUUUCCUUCUAUUUGGAAUGUGAAUGAGCAAAGAGGUAGCAGUAGUACCAUACUGUAAUGCAGAGUCCUGUAAUUUUAAAUAGUAAAAAACCUAGCUUAAACCAUAAUUCUAACAAUAUUAAACAGUUCAGUUUUCGAUGCUUAGUAAAAAUAAACAGCAUAGGGACUCUAUUUUCUUGUUAGUCUGAA